AUGUCCAUGGUUAUAGGCCUGUCCCGCAGGCAGAAAGGAGAUGAAGAAGCCGACAUGGAAGGGCCAAGAGAGACGCCAGAUGCGAAAUCCCCCCAGCAGGAGCUGCAGGUCCGGCGACCGCAACGCGGGGCAGACGGGUUGCACCUGAAUCUUCCAGAGGUUUCAGCUGAAUUGCUGUACACUACAUUCCUCUGGACUGGGGAAAAGAUAGAAGAUUUAUCAAAUGUAGAUGGUAUUGACCAGGAAACACAAAUACUUCUGAAGAAACAUGGACUUGGGCCAAAAGAGGGAGCUCGAGAAUACUUGCCAUCGGUGUCGAUCUCUUUGUCGAAAGUCACCCUUAAGAAUGGCUUCAGCCGCUGGAUCCCAUUCCUGUGUGGCUUUCUUGGUCAUACCAGCCACACAGAAGUCCAGCUGAUGCGGUGGAUUAAUGAGCUCAAGAUUGCUCCCAGUGACAUAAGGGAAGUUUGCAUGUAUAGCAACUAUUCCCCCUGUGUGAACUGCUGCACGAUGCUCAUGGAUCCUCACUUCCCUGUCUCAUUUGACACAAUGUCCAUCUUUUAUCGCCAAAUUCAUUGCUCAUCAGGAACGCCUGGAAUGCAGGAAGAGGAACAUCAGGAAGUGAUCGAAAACACAAAGAGGAAACUUGGGAGUUUCAUGCAGAAAGGGAUGGAAUGCCGACCUCUCGACAAAAAAGCGGCAGAACACUUGAGAUGGGAGUUUCUUCCAUGUCUCACAGAGGUGAUGGAGGAGGGAAGGAAAGCCAUGUUGCUGUACAACGUCUUCCUUUGGACUGGAGAAGUGACCUCCGUCAUGAACGAGACGGGAGGCCUGACGGAGUUCUUGGCCCAGUACAAGCUUCAGCCCGGCAGCACCGACGACUAUUGGCCGCAGGUGGCUGUCUCUUUGGCGACGGUGAGAACGAUCCACAGAUGUGGGAAUGAGCUGUCGAUUCUUCGGCGUUCCAAGGCAUUCUACUGUGGGAUUUUUGACUGCAGAGGAAAUCUGUACCACACCGAACUGCAGUUGAUCAAAUGGAUGAAAGACUUGGAUAUUUCACCAUGUGACUUAGAGGAAAUCGAGCUGUAUACCAACUAUUCCCCUUGUUUGCAAUGUCACGAGGAUCUGGCUAAGCUCUGUGAUCCCGAAUCGCGUAUCCCUGUCGAUAAAAUGUCAAUUUUUUAUCGAAAAAUUUAUAAGGAUUAUAAAACACAGUGCAAACUUGAGAAAUUGCAGAAGAAGAUGAAAGAGUGCAAGAAGCUUGAAAAGGCAAAUGCAGAAGAAAUGAGGAAUUCCUUAUUGGAGUGCUUGCAGAAUGCACUGAAAUCACGAUACGAAGAGGACGAAAUGGAGAGCACCGCCGAGUGGCUGGAAGGCUUGGAGGUGGACGACGCGGCAGCCGAUCGGUCGUUGCGUCCGAACGAGCAAAAUCGGUAG